AAGUGAUAACUCUAGGAGUUCUGAAAUUUUGCAAUCCAUGGUAGAGAGUGGGCUCGAAGGCAAGGAUGAGGACGGUGAUUUCUAGCGCGCAAAGCCAACCACAAAUGUUCCUCCGCAAUUCAGCUCCAGUCCAGGUCCGCCACAGCCCAACCAGAAUCUCCCUCGCUCUCAAACCCCCUUCUUCUUCAUUGGUGGUCAAAUGCCAGCAGCAACGGCAGCAACACCAGAAAACCCAAGAUGACGGCAUUCCCGCCGAGGAGGUGAAAAUACUGGCGAAGUUCAAGUCCCGCCAUAACUACAUCCGCGUUCUAGAAGUUUCUAGAAAGGCAGAGCAUCCCUUCCGUGGCUCCAGGCUUCUUCUCCUCGAUGGGCCCGGAAACAUCCACAGCAUAUCCUUCCUCUUCACGUCCCUCACUAAAACCUAUUUCGACGUCUUCGCCACGCUCCCUCCAAUACUGCCCUCUGGCCCCAUCGCUCUCCUCGGCUUCGGCGCCGGCACCGCCGCCCGCCUCCUCCUCGACCACUACCCCCAAGCCGUCCUCCAUGGCUGGGAGCUCGAUCCCGCCGUCAUCCAGGUGGCGCGCGAGUACUUCAAUCUCGGUAAGCUCGAGAGGGAGAACCAACAGCGCCUUUUCAUCUACAUCGGAAACGCGCUCAACGCCACAGUGCCUAACGGCUUCUCCGGGAUCGUCGUGGACUUGUUCUCCAAGGGAUGCUUGAUCCCUGAGCUCCAGGAGCCUGCCACGUGGGAGAAGCUGAGGGGGCAAUUGAGGAAGGGAGGGAGGAUUAUGGUGAAUGUUGGAGGGAGCUGUGUGGAGCCGGAGAGUAGGCUCAGAGAUGGGAAGGUUGUUAUGCAAGAAACUCUGAGGGCGAUGAAGGAGGUUUUCGGGGAGGAGCUUUUUGUUCUCAAUCUUGGGAAUCGCAAAGACGAUAGCUCUCUUGCUCUUACCGGCGACUUGCCUCCACCCGAGGAGUGGAAGAAAAGGCUUCCCGGUCCCUUGAAAUCUUACACUCAAAUGUGGAUGCCUUACUCUGCUUAGUACACCUUUGCUUACCAUCUGUUUGUAUUUAUUCCUCUUCGAAAUCUUCAAUUUUGCUCCCCUUUUCAAGUAAGUAAAUCCCAUUUUUCCGCACAAUGUGAUGAUUCUUGGAAUAUCUUGGACUCUAUUGUGGACUGGGUUGGUUCCUUUGCUUUUUUUAGUAAAAGUACGGGUAUUAUGUUCA